AUGGCGCUGGCUGGCACUCCCGCUUUCCCGCCAGAAUUCACCAACGGCGUCCAGGAGAGCACCGACUGCGCGACAACCUUAGAGGUUCACAGAAAGCUCUUGGAGCAGUGGGAAAACAAAGUGGAGGGACUGAAAGGAGACAACUGGGCUAUCUGGAUGCAAGCCUGCGAGGGUGAUCGCUGCGACAAGCUGUCGGUUGACGAGCUGAAGAAGGCCGCCGUGGUGAAGGGC